GUUGUCAAAUACAUUUCACACACAGGGAAGAGACGUCUGUGCGAUUCUGUUAGUCCUGAAGGGCCGACUAUCCAUGACAAACUUCCAGAGAGAAAAUGAAGCAGCCAAAUCCCUUUUCAGACGGCUUGAGUCGGCGGUUACUCCCAUCGUGUCUGGGGACUACAGCCACCACCGGGACAAAUCUGGUAUGGCUUCAAGGGUGUCGUUCUCGCAAUACCGGCUGGAAGCGGAGAUCGAGCGGCACCGAGCCGAGUGCCAAUGGGACAAGAUACCCGCUUUGAUCGAUCAGCUGCUGACAGCCCGGAUCCACGAGGAUGAUGACUAUGGAACGCUGCUAUUGGCCGAAGCCCUGCUGGAGGAAGGCCUGCAGGAUAACAUGGACCUAUUGCGGAGCUCCACGCCAGUGGUGGACCAGAACCAGGAAAAGUUGUCCAGGGCAAAGGGACACCUGAACACCAUCCUGAGCCGUGGAAGACUAUCACCCAGGUACUUGAACGAGGCGUUGCUGCUGAUGGCCAAGGUUCACUACGUCCACGGCCGGUACCGGGACGCCCAGGGCAUGUGUGCCCGGGUCAGCAUCGAGGAACUCUCCCAGUCUGAGCAGCCCGUCUACCACCUGCGACUGCUGGCCGAGGCUUUCGCUAUCAAAGGUCUAUCCCUGGACCACCAGACGCUGUCGUCCGUGUCCCGCGUGCGUCUGUCCGAGAGAGAGGAGGAGAGCCUCACCUGCUACCUCAGGGCCUGCGACACAGCCCUCUCCUAUAUGCAGGAGCUGGAUAAGAUGGUGAUGAGCACCCACUCAAAGUCAGCAAAGGGCCUCCCAUACCACCCCCCUGUGGAUGUGGAGCUGGGCUUCUUCCUGCAGGCGGCGCUACAGAGUGGAUACCUGUGUCUGCUGCAGCGAGGUCAUCUCGCCCAGGGUACUCACCAGCUGCGUCGGGUUCUGAGGGUGGUGGAGACACGCAGCUCUCAGCAGUUCAGGAAGUCCGCAGCCAGGAAGCUGGCCCAGGUGCUGCUGAGCUCGGUGAGCGGGGACAGCUACUGGCCCCCCCUGGGCCCCCCGCCCCCCACCUGGCUCAAUAGGGAGGGGGCCGCCGCCUCCAAGGACGCAAUGUACCCCCGGGCCAGACCCCCGCAGCGCUACCCCAUCGACGGCUGCUUCUGUCCCCAAGACGUUGUGGAGGAGGCCAUACUGCUACUGCUGAUCACCGAGUCAAUGGCUGGAGCGGAGGCGGUCAUCAGCCGCUCCCCCGAGCAGGCGGAGGCGCUGCAGGCCAGCCUGCAGGACGCCACCUCGGUGUACGACCUGCUGAGCAUCGGCAUGGCCAGGAGGGGGCAGUACACCAUGUUGUCAGAGUGCUUGGAGCGAGCCAUGAAGUUUUCAUUUAACGAGUUUCACCUCUGGCACCAACUGGGUCUGUCACUCAUGGCGGCUGGAAAGGGUGUCGUGGCUGUAUCCGUGCUGAAGCAGUGUAUGGAAAUGAGACCGGAGGACCCCUCAUUGCCCUUGUUGGCUGCUAAAGUCUGCAUUGGACAGCUGCACUGGCUGGAGGAAGCGGAGGCCCUGUCUGAGAGUGUGGUGGCCAUGGGGGAGGACGCGGGAGAGCUGCUGGCCCAGAGCUCACCUCGCCUGGGGCUGUGUUCCAGUCUGAAGGCCUCAGACGCCACUCUGAAGGCAGAGAGAGACACCUUUAACAUGAAAUCCCUGGACGCACUGCAAAAGGCACAUCGACUGGAUCCCCAGGAUGCGCUGGUCGCCAUGUACCUGGCCCUCCAGUUGGCCCUUGUACGCCAGGUGUCAGCUGCCAUGGAGCCCCUGCAGGUGGCGCUGUCCCUGCAUGGAGACGACCUGCACUCCCUCCACCUGCUGGUGCUGCUGCUCAGCGCUCAGAAGCAGCACCGACACGCCCUGGACACGCUAAGACUGGCCCUGAGCCAGCACCCACACAACUUCAAUUUGUUAUUCACUAAGGUCAAGCUGGAGGAGGUUCUGUGUGGACCAGCUGUGGCGCUCCAGACUUGUGAGGACAUGCUGCAACUCUGGCAGAGCCGCUAUGACUUCAAUCGCACCAGCGAGGUGGAUGACAGCAGCAGUAUACCAGCGGCUGAGCGGCCAGAGGUCACCCCUGGGGCGAGGAAGGUCUCCACCACCCUCACCCUCCCAGACUUCCAGGACGCCUCCACGAGCUCGAUCAGCGCUCCAUCGGUGGUGGCGUCCCGCCUGGACGCCGCCCUGUCUGAGGUGUCUGUCAGUAGCUCCGCCCACCGCCAGGGACCCGCCUACAUCUGGUCGACGCUGGAGCGCAUCUGGCUGCAUGCAGGUGAGCUGUUCAUGGCCGACCGUCGCCUGAAGGAGGCGCACUUCUGUGUGGCUGAGGCCGGGACCCUGGCGCCCAACUCCCACGGCGUGCUGCUGCAGCGGGGCCGGCUGGCCGAGCUCCGGGGCCAGCUGGACGACGCCAAGGGCCUCUACGACGAGGCCCUGGCCAUCCACCCCACAGGCCAACGCGUGCUCAUCCACAUGGGCCAGCUGCUGGUGCGGACGGGGCGGGUCCACCUGGGGGAGAAGGUGCUGCGGGACGCGGUGCAGGCCCACAGCACGUCCCACGAGGCCUGGAGCGGGCUGGGCGAGGCCCUGCAGUCCCGGGGCUCCAGCCAGGCCCCGGACUGCUUCCUCACCGCCCUGCAGCUGGAGGCCACCGCCCCCAUCCGCCCCUUCACCGUCAUCCCACGGGAGCUGUGAGGACCAGGGCCUGUCGGCAUGUGUGUGUGUGUGUGUGGGUGGUGGUGAUGUGUGUGUGGAGGGGGGGUGUGAAGAUGAUGAAGGUGGGGAUGGGUAAUUAGCGGUUAGGGGGGAAGGGAUAUGGUCAUUCUAGACUGUUGUGUUCUCUCUCUCUCUCUCUCUCUCUCUCUCUCUCUCUCUCUCUCUCUCUCUCUCUCUCUCUCUGUCUCUGUCUCUGUCUCUCUCUCUCUCUCUCUCUCUCUCUCUCUCUCUCUCUCUCUCUCUCUCUCUCUCUCUCUCUCUCUGCCUCUCUCUCUCUCUCUCUCUCUCUCUCUCUCUCUCUGUCUCUGUCUCUCUCUCUCGCUCUGUCUCUGUCUCUGUCUCUGUGUCUCUCUCUCUCCCUCCUCUCUCUCUCUGCCUCCAUGUUGUGAUUUUCAAUCCUCAUUCAGAUGUGGGGUACUGUAUUAAUCCAAAGGGAAUUAUUAAGCCUUUUAUGUAAUUAAGUUGAAUAUCAGAAGGACAAUAUCAGAAGGACCAAUAUCAAUGACGAUAAAGGAGUCGAGGGCAUGAUGAAGAGUCAAAGCUAUAACACGACUAGCUGAUGUGUGUGUGUUUGAACUACAUUCCGGUAUCCUGUUUGAAUCCAUAUAUUUAUACUGUAUGUACAUAUCUUUCAGAGGAUAUCAUCACUCCGGUAUUGGUCUGUGAUGUAUUUAUGAUCACUUUGAUCUGCUCGUUCUUUUGAAUUGCACAUGUGCACAUGCACACACGCGCACGCACACAUAAAUACUACAUUCAAUCAGGGUGUUUGAUUGUACCAUUCCGAGUCUCUCUAGUUCAUUUUUGUGUACAAGCAUGUUCACAUUUACUUUUGCACUCGUAUUAUUCUAAAGUAUGUACCUGUUUGUGUGUGUGUGUGCGCCUGUGUGUGUGUGCGCCUGUGUGUGUGUGUGUUUGUGUGUGUGUGUGUGUGUGUGUGUGUGUGUGUGUGUGUGUGUGUGUGUGUGUGUGUGUGUGUGUGUGUGUGUGUGUGUGUGUGUGUGUGUGUGUGGGCGUGUGUUUUAAAUAGGCCCUCUGGGGUGUUUCCUGUCCCUUAUCCUUAUCACUGUACAGUGAAGGUUACUCAUUUGUUUAAAAUAUCUAUUGUUUUUGUCUUUCACUCUGUCUGGUUUUUCUUUCUGUUGACUCAUCGCAUCCUCGAUGGAAAACCCCUGUUCUGAAUAACAUCCAAAAAUACAAAUACAUGAUGAUGAAUAAAAACACAAUUCAAUCACUGGC